CCCCCGCACACCUCUGCUAUGUCCCUGGUGAGGUUCAAGGAGCUGGGGGAAGAGGAGUCCAAUUCGGAGGAGGAGAACCUGGACAGUGUCAAGGCCUUGACAGUGAAGCUGAAGUUGCAAACACGCCGUCCUUCCUACCUGGAGUGGAAGGCCCGGGUACAGAGCCCGUCCUGGAGAAACAGCCUGAAGGAUGGAGCCCUCCAAACCUUGAAAGAAAAGCAGACCAGAGAGGUGGAGGAGGAGAGGCCCCAGACCCAGGAGCCGCUGAAGACCAUUUGUGGGUUCCCCACCAUUGAUGAUGCCUUGGAAUGGCUCCGGGUGGAACUGCGGGAGAUGAAGGCCCUGGACCACCAGCUGGCCCGGCAACUCAUGGGCCUGCGUGGCCAGAUUCACCGGCUGAAGGUGGAGCAGGCCUGCCACGAACACAAGGAGAUGCUGGAUGACGCCACCUUUGGGCUGGAGGACUGCGAAGAGGACUCUGACCUGCUGUGCAACAUUCCACCAAAGGCUGCCUUCUUGCUCUCCAUGCCCCUCAAACACAUUGGGGUCACGCGCAUGAAUAUCAACUCACGGCGUUUCUCCCUCUGCUAAGGGGCUGCGUCCCAGGCCAGGCUUCCUUUUGCCCUCACAUGCUUUCACGAGGAACAGGCAUGUCUCUGUCCCGGGGUUGGUUCUCAAGCCAAGCCACCUGGGUGACUGCUAGAGGUGGCAUGAGGCAAAGGGCCUUGAUGCAUUGCAGAGGUUUCACUCCUUUAAAGCCAUGAGAAGCAACCAGCAUCUCUUCCUCUGGGCCUGGACCAGCAUCAGGCAGGUCCAAGCCAAAUCCUUGCAGCAUUGCUUGGGGUGACAAGGGCCUUCCCCCUGUCCACUGAAGGCUAGUGGCCAGCAUUGAAUGGGGACAGGACUUUUGUAGGGUUGCCAUCUCCAGGUUGGGAAAUACCUGGAGAUUUUGGGGGUGAAAGGU